AUGCCGAAGUCAAAGAGGGAUAAGAAAAUUUCUUUAACAAAAACCGCCAAGAAGGGACUCGAAUCAAAACAGAAGUUGAUAGAGGAGUUACGGAAAUGUGUCGACACCUACAAAUAUUUGUUCAUCUUUUCUGUUGCUAACAUGAGGAAUAACAAACUGAAAGACAUCAGGACGGCAUGGAAACACAGCAGAUUCUUCUUUGGAAAAAACAAAGUCAUGAUAGUUGCUAUUGGGAAAGGAGAAACAGACGAAUACAGGGAUAACUUAUGUCAGGUCAGCAAGCAUCUUCGAGGGGAAGUGGGAGUGCUUUUCACCAAUAAAACCAAGGAGGAGGUACAAGAGUAUUUCAGCCAUUACAAAGAGAUGGAUUAUGCACGGUCAGGAAAUCGAGCUCAGAUGGAUGUGACUCUGGACGAAGGACCUUUGGAGCAGUUCACUCACUCCAUGGAGCCUCAGCUAAGGCAGCUCGGCCUCCCCACUGCGCUCAAAAAAGGUGUUGUGACACUACUGAAGGACCACACGGUCUGCAAAGACGGCGAUAUUCUCACCCCUGAGCAAGCUCGUAUUCUGAAACUGUUGGGUAUAGAGAUGGCAGAGUUCAAAGUGACCAUCAAAUGCAUGUGGAGUUCUGAAACCGGAGCAUUUGAGAUCCUGGAGGGGGAAGACCAUCCCAUGCAGGAUAACGAAGUGGAGGAUGAUGAUGAAGAGGCAGAAGAUGGAGAGUGA